AUGGCGUCGUCGUCCAAGAAGGUGUGCGUGGUCGGAGCCGGCGUCGCAGGACUAGUGUCCGCCCGCGAGCUGCGCCGGGAGGGCCACGACGUGACGGUCAUGGAGCAGAGCGGCGGCGUCGGCGGGCAGUGGCUGUACGACCCGAGGACCGACGCCACCGACCCUCUCGGCGUGGCGGGCGCGCAGAGCAGCAUCUACGCCUCUCUCCGGCUCAACACGCCCAGGGAGACUACGGCCUUCUCCGACUUCCCCUUCUUCCCCAGCAACGAUGGCACCGGCGACGCCCGGCGGUACCCGGUGCAUGCCGAGUUCCUGAGGUACAUCAGGGACUUCUGCGACGCGUUCGGGCUCAUGGACGCCGUCAGGCUCAACACCAAGGUCCUGCACGUCGGCCCGUUGGCGCUGCGCGCCGCUGACGACGGCGGCGUGAAGCGGUGGACUGUGAGGUGGUCCUCGAGACAUGGUGACUGUGAGGGCGAGGUGGUCACCGCGGAGGAGGUGUUCGACGCCGUCGUCGUAGCGGUCGGCCAAAACACCCAGCCAAGGCUCCCUACCAUCAACGGCAUGGACAUGUGGAGCAGGAGGCAGCUGCAUUCGCACUCGUACCGGGCCCCGGACUCGUUCGAGGACCAAGUGGUGGUGGUGGUCGGAUGCCACCCGAGCGGCUCGGACAUCUCGCUGGAGCUCUGCACGGUGGCGAGAGAUGUGCACAUCAGCGUCAAGUCCAUGGACGAUGGCGCCGUGUUCCCUGGCAUGAGGCAAGCUGUGUCCAGGCACCACAACCUGCAUCUCCACCUCCAGAUUGAUAGCAUGUGCGAGGACGGGCAGGUGGUGUUCGUCGAUGGCUCCUCCAUUGUCGCCGACGCCGUCAUCUACUGCACCGGGUACGACUACUUGUUCCCGUUCCUGGACACGGGAGGCCUGGUCACCGUCGACGACAACCGCAUCAGCCCGCUGUUCGAGCACACGUUCCCGCCGGCGCUGGCGCCGUCGCUCUGCUUCGUGGGCGUGCCCAAAAGCGUGGUGGUGCCGCGGUUCUACGAGGCGCAGGCGAGGUGGGUGGCGCAGGUGCUAUCCGGCCGGAAGUCGCUGCCGCCGGUGGCCGACAUGCUCCGCUCCGCGGAGGAGUACAACCGCGCAAGGGAGACGGCCGGCGUGCCCAAGCGCCUGACGACGACAUCUUCGACCUGGAGUACUGCGACGCGUUCGGGGAGACGCAUUGCGGGUUCCCGCGGCUGGAGGACUGGAAGAACAAGCUCCUGUGGUCCUCCGUCAAAAGAGUGCGCGAUGCCACGGAGAGCUUCCGUGACGACUACCGCGACAGCGACCUUGUCCUCGAGGGCCUGCGCUCACAGGGCUGGCUUACCGGCCGGCCGCCGCCGCCGCCGGAAGACACGAGGGUAG